CGGUGGCACGGCAUACGGAGGUCUGAAUUCGUUGGUCUCCGACGCCUCGCCUAUUUCAUACUUAUAGCAUGCGGAUCGUCGCGUGCGCCACGACUAGGGGAGACGGUGUGUCACGCGGGGAUAGGGAACGCCGUGAUCCCUAAAGCCUACGAAAAGGUCGGCUCAGUCCUACGGGUAGUGCGUGCGAGCGGUUCGAACGAUUGGAUUUUGUCUCAUUGUUAAAUUCGUCCGUUUUUCGAGAUGGGUGUACGCCGUUUGGCCGUUGAAUUUGACCGCCCGACCGCGGCGUACAUGCCGGGGGAAAUGGUGGUCGGCAGAGUUUGCGCCGAAUUUUCUGCGCCAAAAAAGAUCCGAGGACUAAAAUUGAUAGUUCGCGGGGAGGCCCGAGUACAAUGGUCGGCGAAAAAAGAACGCAGCGACGGCCGUGGACAUUACCACUACGAAACCCUCAGUGCCGAUGAGGCCUACUUUGCCUCGACAUUUUACAUCAUCGGGAGCGAAUCCGGUCAUACGAUAGAACUUCCGGUCGGCGAGCUGGUUUACCCGUUCAACAUACAGCUACCCUUGCAUCUCCCCGGCAGUUUCGAGCACGAGCACGGACACAUCAGGUACACGAUCAAAGCCGUGUUCGACAGGCCCUGGAAAUUCGAUCACGAGAUAAAAGUAGCAUUCACAGUCGUCGCUCCGUACGAUCUCAACCGGAUGCCGGAAGCAUCUCUAGCCAUCAGGCGAACGAUGGACACGACAUUUUGCUGUUGCUGUUUUUGUAUGGGCUCCCUGGAUGCCACGGUGAUGAUUCCAUCCAGUGGCUACGCACCGGGUCAGUACAUAGUGGCCACCGUGCAGUGCGAAAACACGUCUAGCGUAAAGAUAGAGAAGAUCAAGGUAUCUCUGCGGCAGCAAGUCAAACUUCACGCGAGUGUACCACACUGGAAGACGAAAACCGACGAAAGAAUAGUCGCCGAACAGAUAUGCCGUACGCCGUUCGACAACAAUACCGAGGACUUUGUCGUGAUAAGUUUAAAAGUACCGCCGGUCGCUGCUUCGGCUCUGGAAUACUGCUCCAUAAUCGAUCUCGAUUACGUGGUACGUGUGGUGAUCUGCUUUGACGGAAUGCACUGCAGUAUCGACCGACGACUCCCCGUACUGAUCGGAACGGUUCCGUUGUACGGUUCUUACGCGAACACCAAUCCAAUGGACAGCAUAGUGGUGGAGUCAGCACCGAGCGCACCUGUUUUUCCACCACAACCGUCCAUCGGUAUGCCGCAGCCGGCGACUUUCCCGGUACAGGGUGGCUUCGCGCAGCCUGGAAACAGCCUCCCGAUGCCUCCCGCUCCCGCGGGAUUCACCUUCGGAAACCCACCCUAUCCCACCGGAGAUGGGAGUAACUUACCUCCACCGUCCUACGAGGAGGCAAUUUACGCGGCUCGUAGUAUCAGGGAUAAGGAGGAGUCGGACCAUGUGGAGGGUGUGCAAAUUCCGUUCGCACCUCGGUAUCCGGUCUACAACUACGUUCCUCCGAAUUUACCCGGAGCUCCGUCCGCUCCGACAUUGGAGAAACGUUAAUCCGCAAAUCGGGAGACCUCCGUGUGUUCAGAUUUUUUUCGAAGAACAAAAACAAAAUAUACAAUAUUUCGCUAUUCGUCUAUCCGUGAACUUACAGGUAGAUAUCGUCCUAUAUCGAUUGCACAAAUUGAAUUCCAGGGAUCUGAAAUCGAUUGACGUACAGUAUGGAUAUUUGUCCCGUACCAAUCGAAUACUCGUUAUCUAUAGGUUUUUGCCACGAUUUUCAUUGAUAAAUAUUUGUAUAUCAAUUGAAAAAGCCUUUGGCAUAUUAUUUGAUACUAUGAUAGUUUUUUUUUUUUUAACAUUUACAGAAUAUAUUUUUUAACUUUAUCGAUGUAACUAUGAGCGUUUGUAAAGUGGUGAUGUAUCCGAAUAAAUAUCAUUGACAAAGACCAAAA